UGCCCCUCCAGGCCCGGCUCUUGACACGGGUUUUGUUAUUUUAAACUCUGAAUUUCUUCUGUCCCGCAAAGCGUCCUUUUGCUCACGGGAAAGGAGAAGUUGAGGAAGGAGAGUAAAAUAAAGACCCUGAGUGCGAGGCAAAGAUGGAAAGAGGUGCCCAGACCCCAGGCUGGGACAGCGAUGAGACUGUGAUUGAGGGGUCGGUGACCGAGAGCGACCAGGAGGACGAGCUGCCCUGGAGAAGGUUCCUCUUUGAUCAAGACACAUCUCUGAGAUCUGAGUUCAAUCCUCAUCCUGGUAUAAAUGGAAUACGUGAAGGCACAUCUUCUCCUGAGAUUCAACUUGGGCUCAGACUCAGAAAGCACUCACAACAGCAAAGGAAUAAAAAUAAGGUGAUGCCCAUUCUUAGUGAGGAUAUAGUGUUACAGCAACCUCAAGAUGAAACAGCACGAAAUAAAGCUCUGUUACAAACUAGAAAAAAGUUUUCAAUAUUCAAUGCAACCUUUCCCCAGCUUGAACUUUCAUUGAACCAUCAAAACAUUGGAGGGCCUGAAGCCGAAAGUACUGAAAUUGCACCAUACCCAGAAAAGGAACUAAGUGAAGACAGAGACUCCCCUGAAAUUAGCCUUCUGUCAGGUACUGCUGCUUCAUUAUCAAAUACGGUUGCUGUAAAGGAGAAAUCAUUAAUAGAGUCAGAGAUCUUAGCAUUAAAUACAUCUUCUGAGCCUGGAAAGGAAGUCACAUUGACCAUGACUUCUAAAGAAACCAAAGAUGAAGAAAGCUCACUGGAAACAUUUGUAUCUACCUUAGAAAGGUUACUGACAUCUCCAGAAAGUACUGAAGAAGAAAGGCUGUUUGAAAUAAAGAAGGAUUUUGAUCCUGGCGAGUCGAUGAACCCACUGAGUGACUCCCUGAGUCCCAUGUCAGUUCCUUCGAAUGCAUUGUCGUGCUGUAGAGAUUUACUAGGAAACGCAAAGGAUGAUGCAUUGCCGCCUGAGUUGUUGGCAGCUAUCAACACAUUUUCAGAAGCCAAGAUGGAACCCAUCUGUCAUAGAAAAGCAAGUGGCAGUCUUAGUGGUGGAAAUGAAUGUCUUGAAGUGGAGCCUGAUAUAUCUCAGAAUGAUGAAGAUUAUACACAAAUAGCAGAGACAUUAGAAGACCCAAACUUGUUUGGAUUGCAAACUUUGGCUCAUGAAAAUGUCACAUCUUGUGAGCCAAUGAAUGAUAAGGGAAAUUCAAAUCCUCUGGGAAAUGCCUCUGGAAAGAAAACUCCAUGUGUGUUAAGGAGAUCAUCUAGACUGGAAAAACGGAAAGUAAGCAGAGAGGCAAAGCAUAGAGAUAACAUGUGUAAAAUGACAGAAAAGAUUUUACCAGAAAUAUUUGGCUGCUGUGAGGAUCGAAUAAAUAAUAAAUCUUCAACUGAGAAGUUCAGAAUACAGGGUCCUGUCUUGAUUGAAGGUAAAAGAAUGAAUAUGCGUUCAUCCAGAUUCAAGAGUGAACAGAUCAAGAAAAAUGAACGAUGUACAGUAAAAAAUGAAAAAAUGAAGAUGAAUAAAAUGUCUCUUUCUAACAUUAACCGGAGAAAUGGUUUUGGAGAGAACUUGCUGUAUAGGGCUGCUCUGCAUGAUGAUACUGAUCUUGUUCGCCAUUGUAUAAAACAAGGUGGAAAUGUUAAUCAGCCAAGUUAUGCUGGUUGGACAGCGCUUCAUGAAGCUAGUCUAGGAGGAUUUUACCAAACAGCAAAUGAACUAUUAAAAGGUGGAGCUGAUGUAAAUACCAAAGGAAUGUACCGUAUAACUCCUCUACAUGAUGCUGUGAUAAAUGGACAUCAUAAGGUGGCAGAGUUACUUCUUUUGAAUGGAGCUGAUCCAUUAUUUAGAAGUGACAAUGGACAGUGUGCUUUGGAUGAGGCCAAAGAUUUACGUAUGAAGCGUCUCCUUGAGAAAUAUGUUCCUAAAUUUCAAAGAUGUCUUACAUCAGAUCGAAGAAAUAGCACUGACUCAGUAGAUGUAGAGGAUGUACACCAGAACAAGAAACCAAAAUUUAGUUCAAAAAAUUCCAACAUACAGAAGCCAGAACAAGUAGAAGUCAAUAAAGGAAGCAAAGAAGGUUUACUUAUCAAUAAAGAAGAGAUAUAUGAACAUUACCAAAAAAAUACCACAACCAGAAAAUUUGGCAGAUCCAAGAAUAAAAAAUCAACUGUCCAGAUACACUCUCCAAGGCUCAGAAAGCUCAGUCUCCGAGACUCAGAAACCAAUAUCAAAGAUGCCAGCACAAAUGUGUCUAAAAAAAAAGGAAAAAGAAACAUACAGCAUAAAGGAACCCAAGCAGACAACUUGGUUACUCAUCAGCAGCAUGUUCUCCAAACCCUUGGUGACCUUCCAGAAGAGUUGUGUGAGCUUUCCAGCCUAACGUUGUCAAGCCUGAAAGAUGGAUUAGGUAACAACAUUGAGGCCUGUUCAGUUUCCAAAGAGACACAUACCCACACCCUAGACUUAUCAGAUAGUCAAGAAAUGAAAUUCUUGGAAUUAGCAUCUAUUGACAAAACUGAAGCUGUUUUUUCAGAACUUUCAUUACAUAAAGAAAGAAUUGAAGCUAUUGUCUCAGGACUUCCAUUACAUAAAGAAAUCAGUUUACCACCUCUUACUAGAGAACAGCCGCCUCACACUCAUCAGGAACCACACAGUAGUAGCUCUUAUAAAUUUCAGGAAAAUAGUAACUCAAAUAAAAGAAAUAAGUGCCUUAAUAAAUGGGAAAAUACUUUCCUAUCAUUUAUAAAGGGAAAGGGACAGUUUGAUUAUGAUGAUGAUGAUUGCUGUAUGUUUGAGAAGGUUGUAACAUCUAAAAAAAUGGUAUGUUCUACAGAACACAAAAGCCACUAUAAUCAUACAGAGAAUAUAACAAAUAGAGAAGAAGUGGAUUUUCAACAGUCUUUAUCUUCUGAAGACCAUAUUUCACAGGAAAAUGAAUUAAAAGCACAAAGCCUAACCAUGCUUCCACAACAGGAAGCUGUUAAUUUUUGUAAUUUAGAUAAUACAGUCAUUUCUAAACAACAUGUUGCAAAUUAUGGUCCAUGCACAUAUGGAACUGCUUUUGAUCAUUCACGUGGUAAUAGUGAGCAGACUUCCCUGGCUUGUACAAGAAUGCCUUCAACACAUGAAGUUUCAAAGUUGACUAGUCACAAGGAGCUCUUAAAAAAGUCCCAGGAUAAUAGCCCCAGAGAACCAACUUCUUCAGUGAAUCAAACAGAUAGACAUAAUAUAGAAAAGAAACAAGAUACUGAAAGAAAUUACAUUCAAGGUCAAAAAAUAAGUUCUUCAAAUAGACCUUUCCCCACAAUUGUUCAUUCUGAGGUAAUAGAAAUAACUGAAGCUGAAAAAAGGAGACAAGACCUUCCAGAGAGCGAGCCCAUGCAUAAUACAGGUUUUCCUUCCAUUGACAAUACAAGUAAAGAUUUGACCAACAUUUCACAACUUAAUCAAAAAGAAGAGGAGAUUUCUCACAAAUCAGAAAUGAGAACAGCUGGAAUCAGUAAGAGGCAUGCUAGAGAGGAAUGCCAGCUUCAUUUGGCUGCCAGAAGAGGAAAUUUGUCUCUAGUGAAAGCUCUAAUAGAAUCUGGAGCAGAUGUGAAUCUAAAAGAUAAUGCAGGUUGGACACCACUUCACGAAGCAUCUAAUGGGGGAUCCAAGGAUGUAAUUGUGGAGUUAUUAAAAGUUGGUGCUAAUGUUAACUGUGAAAAUGUAGAUGGAAUUUUGCCCUUACAUGAAGCUGUUGCAAGCAGUCAUUUAAAGGCAGCUGAAAUAUUACUACAACAUGGAGCAGACCCUAAUAAAAAGAAUAAAAAACAGAAGACUGCUUUUGAUGAAGCAGAUGAUGACAGAAUGAAAGAGCUGCUAAAAUCUUAUGGUGCUAUUGAGACUAAUAAUAGAGAUGAGAGCAAUGCUACAGUCAGUGUAAAGAUUCCUGCUAUUCACAAAACGGUAUAAACAGUAAUUUUUGUGAUAAUGACAAAACUGUUGACCCACCUAUCUUCACACCAAACAAAAAGA